AAAGGGAAGGAACAGAAGAAAAAGGAGGAGGUGGAGUUGAUAUAAAAAAGCAGAGAGGUGAGAGGAUUCUAUCAACUGAUGGGAGUAUAUUAACACCAGCACCAGUUUGACACCAAACAGAAAAUCCAGAAGGAUGAAGAUUUUAGUUGUCUCCCUGGCUCUGCUGCUGGUUCUGGCAUGUGGAGAUGCCCUGAAGUGCAACUACUGCGUUUCCAAAAAGCCAGGCGGUACAUGCACCACCAGUGUGGAGACAUGUGAAAACGGCAAGGACGCCUGUGCAAGGGCCGCCUUCCUCAACCCUCCCUACUCCAGUUUCCGUCGCUGUAUAAAGAUGACUGACUGCCUCAUGCUGAAGACAAACUCCUACAUUGACAUAGACUGCUGCAACACUGACCUCUGCAAUGUGUGACCGGGUGGUGAUGACGAAGCAGCACACCCCCCACCUCCCAACCCCCCAACACCGCAACCCGUACUUCAGCGGAGAUCAGACGGCCAAAUAAUAAAGGAAACGUCACUGUUGUGACAAAAGGGU